AUGCCACCUACCUCGGAGCCCGGCCCAUCCACACUCACACCAUUAGCGGAGCUCGUCAAAAAGAGUGCAAAGCGCACAAGAGCAGUUUACGGCUAUGAGGGAGACGGAAUCGACGAUGGUUUGGCACAAGCCAAUAAGAUGAAGCUCGCCGCAAAGCUCGCUGUCGAGUACCGAGAUGUUCAGGUGCUGCCACCGAUCCUGGCUGGGCAACAGGCGGGACCUACCGGACCCAAACGCCCAACAGCGCAACCGACCGCUGGCGGGGCAGGAGCCGGCGUCAAGCUGAUAGGAGGACCGGGAGAGCCAUCAACGAGCACAUCUGCUGCACCAGAACCACGCGAGCUCGUCAAGUUCAGGCACCAGCAAGGCUUCGCGGCGGGCGGGGGUCAAGCAGGAUCCAAGCUAUCCCAAGCAUUGAUGCGAAAGAAGGAGGCGAGAGAAAUCAAGCCCGUCUAUCACCCACAAUGGAAACUUACCAGGGUUAUCUCCGGCCAUAUGGGCUGGGUUCGCGCAAUGACGGUCGAUCCCGGAAACCAAUGGUUCGCAACCGGAGCAGGAGACCGUGUCGUGAAGAUCUGGGACUUGGCGUCGGGCGAGCUCAAGCUAUCUCUCACCGGACACAUAUCGACCAUUCGCGGACUGGCGGUCUCCGAACGGCACCCGUACCUCUUCUCCUGCGCCGAGGACAAGAUGGUCAAAUGCUGGGACCUCGAAACCAACAAGGUCAUCCGCCAUUAUCACGGCCACUUUUCAGGCGUCUAUUCUUUAGCGGUACAUCCUACCCUGGAUGUGCUGUGUACGGCCGGACGAGACGCCAGUGUGCGUGUAUGGGAUAUGCGGACGCGAGCCAACAUCUUCACCUUGACGGGACACACCAGCACAGUAGCGGAUGUCAAAAUGCAGGCGGCGGAUCCCCAAAUCAUCUCGGGAAGUAUGGACAGUACCGUCAGAUUAUGGGACCUGGCAGCCGGCAAAUGCAUGACCACCCUGACACAUCACAAAAAGUCGGUCCGCGCCCUCGCCAUCCACCCGACCGAAUACAGCUUUGCCAGUGCCAGUGCCGGCGGUAACAAUAUCAAAAAGUGGAAAUGCCCAGAAGGCACCUUUGUCAACAACUUUGUCGGCCACGAAGCCAUCAUCAACACCCUAAGCGUCAGCGACGAAGGCGUCAUGUUUUCCGGAGCGGACAAUGGAUCCUUGACCAUGUGGGACUACGCCACCGGACUGCCAUUUCAGCACCUGAAGGACGUACCACAGCCGGGAUCUUUGGACGCCGAGGCCGGCGUCUUUUGCUCCGCAUUCGACAAGACCGGAACGAGACUCAUCACGGGAGGGGCAGACAAGACCAUCAAAGUGUACUCUGAGCAAGCAUGA